CUUCAUCAUGUGGUUCCCUGUGCUGGUGGUGUUGGUCCUCAUCCUCCUGUACAGAUGGUACAGACAGAGUCAGAUACUGGAGAGCCUCUCGGAUAAAUAUGUCUUCAUCACCGGAUGUGAUUCAGGUUUUGGGAACCUGCUGGCAAGGAAUCUGGACAGACGCGGAAUGAGGGUUCUGGCUGCCUGUCUGACGGAUAGAGGGGCUGAGGAACUGAGGAAGGAUACUUCCAGCAGAGUACAGACAGUAAUUCUGGAUGUCACUGACAGUCAGAAUGUAAGCUCUUCUGCAGAGUGGGUCAAUGAUAUUGUUCGUGAUAAAGGUCUCUGGGCCAUUGUGAAUAAUGCGGGGAUUGCCAUCCCUACUGCUCGCAAUGAAUGGCUGACCAAAGAGGAUUUUUUCAAAAUUUUGAAUGUGAAUUUGCUGGGACUUAUAGAUGUUACUCUAAAAAUGCUGCCCCUGAUCCGGAGAGCCCGGGGAAGAGUAGUCAACAUUUCAAGCUAUACUGGGAGAUUAUCUACCUGUGGUGGAGGAUACAGCAUCUCUAAAUAUGGAGUGGAGUCAUUUUCAGACAGUCUCCGCCGCGAGAUGGCUGCAUUUGGUGUGAAAGUCUGUGUUGUGGAACCUGGCAACUUUGAUACCGGAAUUAUGAGUUCAGAAUUACUUGUAGAAAUGAUAGAAAAUCUGUGGGAAAAGGUCCCAGAAGGCAUUCGCACGAGUUAUGGGCAACAACAUUUUGAAACAUAUUGCAGAAGAAUUGUUGUCGCCCAUUCAAAGAGAAGCUCCAAGCUCCACCUGGUCACAGAUUGCAUAGAACAUGCUCUGACUGCUGUCUACCCACAGACACGCUACUCUGCUGGCUGGGAUGCCAAACUCCUCUUCAUACCUCUUUCCUACUUGCCCACUGUAUUAGUGGAUAAUUUACUUGCCAAAGCCGUACUUCUGCUAGAUGGUGAUCAGAGCAAACAAAAGAAUUGUGCCCCUUGACAAAGUUCCAGGAGUUUUUAUUGUUGCACUUUUGCAUAAUGCCCACAUGAACCGUUUGGCUCAUAUAUUGUGUGUAAAUCUGGCUCUGGUACUGCCCAGUGCCUCCUGAGCCGUUUACCUCCCUCACCGCACAUCCCUGGCACUCAAAUAAACACACACUGAAAACAAAAAUUAAAGACAAGAGCAAGGCAAACAUCAAUACAGCAGCGAUGCUAACCACAUGCACAUACACUGUUGUGGAAUGGAACAUUUAAGAGAACGGCAAAAAGCUUUAGCGCUUUUGAUGUGAAACAAAUUUUCAAUGCACUUUAAACACUGCUUUGUACCCGAUAGCAUA